AUGAUUUGUAAACUCUGGCCUAUUUGGGGCCUCCCCCAUCGUCCAAGUAGAAACACAGACUUUUAUUCUAUCAAGACAGAAUAUAGAGACUGCAGCCAGAUCGCUGCUAAUCUACCCAGAGCGACCUCUGGGACAUAUCCGGUUACUGAUGGAAAAGAAACGUUUCUUGUGAAAUGCGAAAUAGCGAAUAAUGAAGGAUGGACUGUUUUGCAGAAACGGGAAAAUCAUAACUUCAACUUUAACAGAACCUGGAUGGAAUACAAGACAGGGUUCGGUGAUAUUAACACCGACCUGUGGAUGGGCAACAUGUUCAUCCGCAGGUUGACGACAGAGGCAACAUUUAGCGUCAAAAUACAGCUAUAUACAGAAGCGGGAGAGUUGUUCACAGCAACCUACGAUUCAUUCAGAAUAAAGGACGAAAGUAACAACUAUGAGCUGAAAUUAGGAUCGCCUAAAGAGAGCGAUGCAGGUAACGUUUUAUAUUAUGAACACGGUGAAAAUUUCUCAACCUACGACCGAGACAAUGAUUUCAUUGAAGACAAUAACUGUGCCUUAAAACAUGGUGGUGGUUGGUGGUUUCAUUCAUGUUCGUAUUCGUGCAUUUUAAAUGGACUGUUCGGUACUAGCUUUACAUGUAAUCUUGAUAAUAAAGAUCAGCUGUUGAGAAGCUCG